ACACUGGUUUAUAGAGGGUCCAACAUGGCUGCAGACAAUAAACCCAGCUGAAGCAAAAAAAAUCCAAAAGUAGCUCAAUUGCAAUAAUGAGGGCCUUAACCACCAGCCUUAUGUACCAUUUUAAUCAAUGGAUAAAGCCCAAAUCCCACCGUUAGUGUAAACCACUGACACUAACUUGACUUGGGAGAACAGAACAAGACCUUUGGGAGAACUGUGUGAAGCGGUGACCAUGUUCAGUCACUAGACACACACUCAAAGCAGUGGGAAGCUGAGGACGCAGUGAGCGGCACCAUGAUUGACCUGAGUUUCCUGACAGAGGAGGAGCAGGAGACCAUCCUGGCUGUGCUCAGGAGAGAUGCUGAGCUGAAGAAAGCUGAGGAGCAACGUGUCCUGAAGCUCCAGAGGACUGUGAGUGACAAGGGCCAGCUGAGGUACAUGACAGGAGAAUGGUUCUACGAGACCAAGCAGCUUCGUCAUCAGGACCGCAUCCACGGCUCCGAGCUCAUCAGGGCCUCCAUGAAAAAAUCCUACAAACCGUUGACUAUAUUGGAGCUCUCCCAGAUAUUACCAGAGAAGCCCAGUUUUGUCAGCAGUGAAAACAAAGAAGUGUUCGUCCCUCCAGUACUCUGUGGGGUCCUGCAAGAGCCUCACAUGCAGCUCAGCCAUCAAAGGUAUCAAAACCAGGAUCUGUAUGAAACGGCACAAGAUACACCUCAACCAGUGUUGCAGUCACCCACAAAGCAACGAAAAAACCCAUUUGACAGUGACGGCGGGUUAUUGGACAGAGAUCAAACCCAGACACUAAAUGAGGAGCCUUUACCUUCAUCUGACAGCUGCAUUUCUUAUGCUUGUAACAUUAAACAAGACCCUAAUGAAAGUCCAAUAACCCAGGAUGCAUCUGUUCCCAUCUCAAUGCCCCCAAACAGCACCAGUUCUCAGGACUGUUUUGUUGAGGAAGACAGGCCGGGAGGUCAGCAGACUUAUAACUCUGCUGCUCCGCGGAGCAUCCUCAAGCACUUAUCCACUUCUAGCUCCACAGACUCCAUGUUCUCUCACCUGGACCUGCAGAGUCCAGUUAGCCUUGAUUCUCCCACUGAGACCUGGAUAGACAGGAAGCAGGUGAGGUUCAGCUCCACGGUCAGUCACAGCGGAGUGGAGUGGCAAGAUGGGAAAGAGCUGGGAGAGCACAGUCUGCUGGAUGUCGACUCCAUUGCUCUCUCUGAGGCGGAAAAUAAUAAUAACCUAGAGGAUACUGGCAGUGCUGCUGUUGGCAAACUGAGGCCUUUACUCAGACAGAGUCAUGUGGAAUCACUGGAAGGUGAAGUCAAUUCCAAAAAUGAGGCAAACCUCCAAGAACAAGAAGCAGACCAACACCUGGUCCUUAGUGAUGUCUUUGGGCAUUGCCAACCAGAGUUCCUAAGCCCCCGCAGUUUUUCUGCUGAGCAGGAGUCAGGCAAGCGUGUGCACCUGGAGACAGAGCCUGAAGAGGACCGUCACUCUCAGGCUGAGACCACAAACAUUCAUCACCAAGAGCUGCCUGAACACAGACCCAACAUUUCUGUUGAUGCCACCUCAGAUACCAAGACGUCAAAGAAGUCAUCUCAUGCUGUGUCACCAAAGCCCAGACAAAGACUGCUUGGAAUUUUUAGAAGAGACAAAGAGAAACCUGCUGAGGUACAGAUUCCACAAAUAGACAAGGUGAAGAUACCUGAACAGAAAGAACCAGACAACACCAAGAGUCUCUCUCAGGGUGCUACAGAUCUGACCAUUGACAAACCUGCUAGUGUCAAGCAAGAAGCUAAACCCUCUGAGAUGACAGAGAUCAGAACAUUACAACUUACAGCACUGCAGAACACUCCGUUUAAAGAAUCAAUGACCUCGGUAGAUGCCGGCACUCAGCGGGAGGCAACAGAAGACAGAGGUGUUCAGCUUCCAGAAAAACUAUCCAAUCUGAGAGCUUUCUGGGAGAGAGAAAACAGUGGUCCCAAAAUAAUAUUUACCAGAGAAGAGUCAAGGCACAAACAAAUCGCCAGGGGAGGAACAGAAGCUUCACAUGGCCAUCAGACUAACUCAGAUGUGGCGAGCAUCAACAACAAUAGCUCACCUAAAAUGGAAAUGACUGUUGAGGAUACGACUGGCAGGUCCCAGGAAAAGAUUUCAUCACCACAGACUGACUGUAGCUUCUUGGUAGAUUUGUUUAAAGAAGAUGGCACAUAUAGGGCUAACCCUGUCCUCAUCUACGACGAGACAGAUGACUCUUUUGAUUCAGUCAUGGAGUCACAGAUUCCGGAGCCACAAGAAAACAUCAUCACUCACAUGCCCUCCUCUGUGGCAGCAAAGCAAGAGAAAGAUAUUCCAGUACCCCUUCCCAGGCAGACCAGUUCAAGUCCUCAAGAGGACAGGCCAGCCAAGGUCAGUGAGGUUAAGCAUUUCUGGGAGAAAGAGUAUAAAGGAUCCAGGGUAAUUGUAGCAAGAGUCAAGGAAGCCAUACAUAGCUCCAUUCUCAGUAAUAAAGUUUCCCAACAGUCUGAUUUGAAAGAUAAUAGUGAGAACUCUGACAGAGAGGCACCAACAUCUCCAUACAAAACAAAAUCCAAUGUUGUCUUGAAAUCUGUUAAAGUGACAGACAAAGGUUUCAUUAGUCAGAGUCCAGAAAGGUCACCCCUGAGGAGUUCUGGUAGUACUGGGGACAUACAGUCAACAUGUCACCAAUACCAAGUCAAGACUGAUGCAGGGGAUCAAGAAAGGCCUCUCAGUCCUAGUAAGUCCCCGAGUCCCAGAACAAAGGAUCACGAUGACGAAGUCAGGAGGAGUCCAUCUAAGACCUGUCAUCCAAGGGUCCUACCUCGAGAAUCGUCCAGUCCAAAGAGAUCCAAAUUGGAAGGCUCUCCCUUGAAAACCUUUCCAAUAGACAUCGACCCCCAAACUAAGCUGGUCGAAGAGCAACAAGUAAAGCCAACACCACUUCCAAGACAGAAGAAGAGUCCCUCACAUGAAGCAAAGCAGAUGGUGCUGCCUGACAAUAAACUUGGCCCAGACAUCACCUCUCGUCCUCUGCCUCCAUGUCCAGAGGACAGAGGGGCUUCUUUUGUUAAUAUGAACACACAACAAAGCAGCUCAAGCUCCCCUGCUUCACCACAAUCCAAAAAAACCUCAGAGAAGAAGGUGGGGCCCUUUACACAACUCGCCAGAUCUUUCAUCCCUCAGGAUUAUCAGCAUUACCUCGGACCUCAGGAGAAAGCCUACAUCCCUCCUUUUUACCAAGAGAGAGUUGUUGCUGUAGAGAGUGAUACACACACACCACAAAAUGCCCUCAGAGACUGUGUGGGAAACCAGAAUGAGAGUCCUGAAAGGAAUCCUCCCGGGAUCAGUCCUUGGGUUGUGCCAAAUAAAGAUGGUAACUCCAGCCAAAACACAUCGACCAGGGCCUGGUCUCUGUCUCGGGCAAGUUCAGGCAGUCAUGAUGACAGUUCUAGUCCUGUGAUGUCCGCCCUAAAACGAUUAUCUUCAAGAAGCAUGUCCUCAUCCAAGAGUCUGGAUAACCUCACCUCACAGACAAGAGAGGAGAGGACACAAAAUAACUCAAGAGACCAAGUGAAUCAAAGUGUGGAUGAUGUUUCUUCUCUUCCAACGUCAGCCAACUCCAAACAGAUGAAAACCAGCAUGUCAGUUACUGUACUUCAGCAUGACGAGACAGACAGCGACAGCACUUUUGAGACAAACAUGGGCUGGAGAAGAAACACGGGCAGCUCCACAUCUAACUUAAGUCUCUCCUCGGGAAUGGCCUCCAUGUCUUCUGUGAGCGGCAGCAUGAGCAGCAUUUACCCUGCAGACAUUGGAGACAUUGAAGUCCAGGGAAGCAUCCAGUUUGCUGUCAACUACAUCCAGAAGCUGGGAGAGUUUCACAUAUUCGUGGUGCACUGCAGGGACCUGGCUGUGGCCGACACCAAGAAGAACUGCUCUGACCCGUACGUGAAAUGUUACAUUGUUCCUGACAAAACAAAGCUGGGAAAGAGAAAAACCACCGUAAAAAAGAAGACUUUAAAUCCAACCUACAAUGAAAUCCUUAGGUUUAAAAUCUUGAUGGAAGUGUUGAAAACUCAGAAUCUGAACAUCUCGGUGUGGCACAACAGUACUUUUGGGCGUAAUAGUUUCCUGGGCGAGGUGGACCUGGAUUUGUCAGAGUGGGACUUCAGCAACACGCACAUAAAUGAAUACGUGCUAAAAUCCAGGGUCACAGCAUUAAGUCCAACAGCAUCUCCCUCAUGUCUGAUGGACAGUAGAGGACAGAUGAGAGUUGCCCUGAGGUUCCUGCCGCAGACAUCCCAAAAUAAGAGAACAUCCAGGAUGGAGACUGGCGAGGUGCAAAUUUGGGUGAAAGACUGCAAGAAUCUUCCUCCAGUCAGAGGAGUUAUUAUCGACCCGUUUGUGAAAUGCACUGUACUUCCUGACACGAGCCGGAAAAGCCGCCAGAAGACGCGGGUAGUGAAAAGAACAGCCAACCCCAUGUUCAACCACACCAUGGUGUACGACGGCUUCCGACCUGAGGACCUGAGAGAGGCCUGUGUGGAGAUCACAGUGUGGGAUCACGACAGACUGAGCAACCACUACAUCGGCGGACUGAGGCUGGGCUUAGGGACAGGGAAGAGUUAUGGAGUGGAGGUGGUUUGGAUGGAUUCAACGACAGAUGAAGCAAGUUUGUGGCAGAGGAUGUUACAGUCUGAUGGUGAUUGGGUGGAGGAUGUUUUACCUCUGAGAAUUUUUGUGAUGGCAAAAGGCAUGUCAAAGUGAGUGUGUCAAAUAUGGUGAUACAUGUGUGGAAACAUGGAUGGGAGUGCGCUGCAUGUACAUUUUGAGUGGAAGCAGCAGCCUCAACAAGCGUGAAUCUGUAUAACUGAUAAUCAUUGUAUGAUAAAUGUAUACACAAGGUACUUUAGUUUGUAUAGCCCAAACCACAUGUUCAAUAAGUCAUAUCAAAAAGUUAAUUAUUUAUUAAAAUGUUACACAAAAUAGGGCAGAAGAUAAAAUCUAAAAUGAUAAAACAUACAAACUGUUUUGAUCUGAUCACUCAUAAUUUGUGUAUAGUCCUGCUGUUUUAUAUUGUGAUUACUGCAUCGAUCAAUUUUACUUUCAAUAAACAGCAUAUUAAUGUGACUUGUAAAUUUA